UCUGUAAAAAAAGCCUGACUUGCUUCUCCCAUACCCCCCAUUUACUCUAUCUGCGCAUGUUUUCUCCAUAUAAACUCCACAAACCUCACUAAAGUUCCAACCUUUCAGACCAAAACAACAAAACAAAGAAAAGCUUUCCUUCUCCCGCGUAUUCUUCUUCUUCCACACACCACCAUGAUGAUGUCUGACUCCGGCGAAUCACGACAGAUAGCGACGAGAUCACCUCACGGUGUAAUAACGGGGCUUCCUCCUCCGACCACCACCACCGAGCAGCAAGAGCAACUCCCUUGUCCUCGCUGCGAGUCAACCAACACUAAGUUCUGUUACUACAACAACUACAACUUCUCUCAGCCUCGCCACUUCUGCAAAUCCUGUCGCCGUUACUGGACUCACGGCGGAACUCUCCGCGACAUUCCCGUCGGCGGCGGUACUCGCAAAUCCGCCAAACGCUCCCGCACUUGCCCCUCCUCCACCUCCUCCUCCUCCUCCCGUGAUGUUCCGUUACAAGCGACGCCUGUUCUCUUCCCUCACUCCUCGAACCCUAACGGCGUUAGCCGCGCCGUAACGGCUCAACUCGAAAACGACGGAAAGGGAAGCGCUCUGUCUCUCUCCGGCGGUUUCACCUCUCUCCUGAACCAGAACACGGCUCACGGGACCGGGUCGGACCUCGGAAUCGGCGGGUUCGGAAUCGGGCACGGGUCGGGUUUCGACGACGUCAGCUUCGGACUCGGGAGAGCGGUGUGGCCGUUUUCGGGUGAUUCCGCGGCGGCGAAUGUGGGGAGCAACGGGGUUGCUGCGGUACCGUCCACGUGGCAGUUCGAGGGUUUAGAGAGCAGCAACGCCGGCGAGUACUUUGCGUGGCCGGAUCUCUCCAUCACUACACCCGGGAACCCGCUCAAAUGAAUGAGACCUUUUUUUUCAUAAAGCAGCUUCUGUCUUUACGAGAGGGUUUCGAUAUCUUUUAGUGAUCUUUUUUUUACUCUUUUAGUGUUGUGUCCGGCCUUUUUUAGAGCUUGUGUAAUGAAACUAGAAAAGAGUGGAAGUUUGUGUUUUUUCUUUUCUGUUUGGGUCUAAGGAUCUUUUUUACCUUGUUACUUUCUACUCUGUUAUUACAGUUCUUGCACAAGUGGUUUAGAGUGGAAAUGAGGAUGCCUUUUAGAACGACU